GUCUUCCAAUCACUGCUGCUCUCUUGCACAACCAGAGACUUCUUAACCACACUAUAGAUUACAGGAAAUACAGUUAUGAUAUUGUAGGUUUGAAGGAACACAGUGUGACUGGGAGGGAGAAAACAUCACAUACACCUCUCUCUCUGGGACCCAGACACCUGACAUGUCAUCUACAAUAAGCUGCGUUGAAUUGCGUUCUAUAACCAUAACACUCUCCCUCCCACACCCUAGGCAUUUCUCUGGUCUGGCCACACCCUUCCCACGCCGAUUGGCUGCGGGUAUCUGACUUCUGCUUCCGGGUUCCAAACCAAACGGACUCAAUAGAGAAUAGCAGAUUUCCUUCUGCCACAAGAACACAUUGUUGACCAAUCCUCAUGUCCACAUUAUAGCAGUCAUGAAGAAUUCCACUGAUUUGGGACCCAGUAAUAUCACUGGUGACUCUAUGGGAGGGAUUGUGCUGGUGCCUUUCUUCCUUAUCACUGUGCUUGGUGUAGUAGUUGCUGUGAUCAUGUAUAUAAAGAAGAGAAAAAGAGUUGAUCGACUCAGGCAUCAUCUGCUGCCGCUAUAUAGCUAUGACCCUGCAGAGGAAAUACACGAAGCUGAGCAAGAACUUCUGGGUCAAGAAACCAAGGUCGUACAUGGCUGGAACAGUGGAUACCACCAAUAUAAGAGGGCAUCAUUAAGAGACGUGACCGCUUGACACCUGUGCGUCUUUUCCACUCCCCCCCGAAAGAAGAUGGAGACCCCGCACAGCUUUGCUCCGUUCAGCACUCUUAUGCCAAGGAAUUGCAGAUGUUGCUUUUAUAGCAAUUUGAUUUUAAAAUGUAAAUCUAUUUAUAUAAAUAUCCCUGGCAAAGCCUCAGCCAACAAAGUAGUAUCUUAAGCAGUAAGGAGAUUAAAAGCACUACCAUGUACAGGUUUGGGUAUAAUGCUGUGUAUUUCUCCUCCCCUUCUUUAUCUGCUGCCUAAUUAUUCAUUUGUAAUUAAGGAGAAACAUGUUAAGUUAUUUUAUAAACAAUGUGUGAAAACAUUGA